GGACGCUCUCACCCCUUGUGUUGGGAGCGUGUUGUAUGGCUGCUACAGCCCCGUCUGCCUGUGGUCAGCGAGGAGGAGCAGGGUCUGCCUCUUGGUGCCAGGGCCACUGCCUCGGCGGUCCAGGGCAGGGCUGGCUAACUCCCUGUUUGUCCCUGAACCGCAGGUCGGAGUGCCAGACGAGAGGGGCUGUGCGUUUCUGUUCCCUGCCCGGGGCCUGCCCUGCCCUGCCCUCCGCCAGCGAUGGAGUAUGUGGAUAUGAACAAGCUGAGCUGCGGGAAGAAGACGCGGGUGGAAGGCGGCCAGCUGGGGGGUGAUGAAUGGACCCGCCACGGCAGCUUCGUCAAUAAGCCCACCCGUGGCUGGCUGCACCCGGAUGACAAGAUCAUGGGCCCCGGGGUCUCCUACCACGUCCGGUACAUGGGCUGCGUGGAAGUCCUCCAGUCCAUGAGGGCUUUGGAUUUCAACACCAGGACACAGGUCACCAGGGAGGCCAUCGGGCUGGUGUGCGAGGCUGUGCCCGGUGCCAAGGGAGCUGUGCGGAGGAGGAAGCCCUGCGGCCGCUCCCUGAACUCCAUCCUGGGCAAGAGCAACCUGAAGUUUGCUGGCAUGCCCAUCACCCUGACCAUCUCCACCAGCAGCCUCAACCUCAUGGCUUCUGACUGCAAGCAGAUCAUUGCCAACCACCACAUGCAGUCCAUCUCUUUUGCUUCUGGGGGAGACCCGGACACAGCCGAGUACGUUGCCUAUGUUGCCAAAGAUCCCGUCAAUCAGAGAGCCUGCCAUAUCCUGGAGUGCCCUGAGGGCUUGGCGCAGGAUGUGAUCAGCACCAUUGGGCAGGCCUUCGAGCUGCGGUUCAAGCAGUACCUGAAGAACCCCCCGAAGCUGGUGACACCGCACGACAGGAUGGCAGGGUUUGAUGGCUCUGCCUGGGAUGAAGAAGAGGAGGAACCAGCCCCGGAUCACCAGUACUACAAUGACUUCCCCGGCAAGGAGCCUCCCAUUGGGGGGGUUGUGGACAUGCGGCUGCGGGAUGGGGCUGCUCAGACCCCCAAUCACCUGGGGGCCACGCUGCCUGUCGGCCAGUCGUCUGGUGGGGAGUAUGACCCCCGGAAGCAGCACACUCCUGCACAAGGGAGAGAGAAAUACCUGGCUCCAGUGGGCGCAUCUGGCCGCACAGACCUUUUUGAUGACCCAUCUUAUGUCAACGUGCAGAACAUGGAGAAGACACGCCAAGUGUCGGCCGCUGGCACCCCCGCAACGGCCAACGGCAGCACCCAGAGAGACCUCUUCGACAUGAAGCCCUUUGAAGAUGCCCUGCGUGUCCCCCCAUCUGUGCCCAUGGGGCUACCCCCUGCCCAGGUGGUGGCCUCCAUGGAGGAGCAGCUGAGACGGGAGCCCUGGUACCAUGGGAAGAUGAACCGCAAGGAGGCCGAGAAGCUGCUGAAGGUGAAUGGAGACUUCCUGGUGCGAGAAAGCACCACCACCCCGGGCCAGUACGUGCUGACCGGCUUGCAGGGUGGGCAGCCCAAGCAUCUGCUACUCGUCGAUCCCGAGGGAGUGGUGCGGACGAAAGACCACCGCUUUGAGAGCGUCAGUCACCUCAUCAGCUACCACAUGGACAAUCACCUACCCAUCAUCUCGGCUGGCAGCGAGAUGUGCCUGCAGCAGCCUGUGGAGAGGAGACUCUGAGUGCUUGUGGGGCCCCGAUGCACAGCCCCCCAGCUCUGCUCCCUGCCCCUGGGAGCCCUUGGACUCUGCCUGGGACUGAGCGUGGACUUGGCCAGGGACGGGGCCUGUCCCCCUCUGCCACGUGGAGCUGGUGCCUGUGGUGGCUGUGGGCAGCAUGGUGUGAGCUGCCUGCAGCGUGGGGGGCUGUUCUUGCCAAAGCCCCUGCCUCCCCCCAGCUCCAGCCUUUGCACAGCAGCUCAGCUCCUACCAAAACCCGGCCCUGCUGCCAUGCCGUGGCUGCUCUCUGGCGUGGGCAUGGGCUCAGGGCUGGCGGAAUCGAGCCGCCUCCGCCGCGAGCCGGGGGCAUGCCCCCCAGCAUCGUCCCCUGCCCAUGGGCCAUGGAGGGGGGCUGAGGGGCAGGGGUCCGCUCCCCCAAGCACAAGGCCCGGCCAGCCCUGCCACCCACUGUACCCGAUCACUUUACGUGUUAACUCUGUGCCUUGACCCCGCAGGUCCCACACUCUUAUGCAAUGCCGCGGGGCUGGGGACAGACCCCCCCCCCCCCCCCCCCGUGCUCCCAGCUCCUGCCGUGCCCCUUCCUGGGAUGUGCUCCUCUGCACCCCCUCCCUGCCUGCCCCCCCCCGGGGUCCCGGCUGGCCACGGCCGGCUCCGGCAGCCCCGGGGGGGGGGUGGCAGGAGCGUCGUUCCCCCCCUCCCCUUGCAUGCACGGUCUUACUCCCCCGCAAGCCAAAGCGCAGCCCUGCCCCUCGCAGCCCCGGCCCCCCUCCCCCGGGCCCCGCUAUACCAAAGGAACCGGCGGUUGGUAUUAAAGUUGGUAUUUCUCUA